AUGCUUAGCGUCAUUCGAGUGCAUCUACCGUCGGAGAUUCCUAUUGUUGGCUGCGAACUUACGCCUUACGUGCUUCUCCGACGGCCGGAUAAGACCGCCACCACCGAUGAUGUCCCGGAGUCAGCCCCGCUCGAAGGUCACUUCUUAAAGUAUAGAUGGUAUCGUGUACAGAGCGAUAAGAAAGUUGCGAUUUGCAGUGUGCAUCCAUCUGAGACGGCCACAUUGCAGUGCCUGGGGUGUCUAAAGUCAAAGGUUCCUGUCACCAAAAGCUACCACUGCACAACCAAGUGCUUCUCAGACGCGUGGCAGCAUCACCGUGUGUUGCACGAGCGUGCAGCCAGUGCCGCUGCAGAAGGAAAUGAUGAAGAAGAGUUGCUCCGUUUGAAUAGUUCAGGCUCUGGAUCUGGCGUCUUAAGCACCAGUGGUAGUUUAACGAAUGGAUCAUCAUCGGUUUAUACCCAAAAGACCGGCGCUGGAGGGGAAACACUUGUUGAGGUUGGACGAUCUAAGACAUACACACCAAUGGCUGACGACGUUGGCCAUGUUUUGAAGUUUGAGUGUGUAGUGGUCAAUGCAGAGACGAAACAGAAUGUGGGCCAUUCUUGUACCAUACUGACUUCCCGUGUGAUUCCAGCUCCGUCACCUUCUCCUCGUAGGAUGAUCCCUGUUGUUGGUGGAGCUGAAGGUAUUGGGCACCUGGAUUCUAAUGGCCGACCUUUGUCUAUGGGAUCAUUCACUGUGCUGUCCUAUAAUAUAUUGGCUGAUACGUAUGCUAGUAGCGACAUAUACAGUUAUUGCCCCACAUGGGCUCUUUCGUGGACAUACCGUAGACAGAAUUUGUUGAGGGAAAUUGUGAAGUACCAUGCGGAUAUAGUUUGUCUACAGGAGGUGCAGAAUGAUCAUUUUGAGGAGUUUUUUUCUCCUGAGCUGGAUAAGCAUGGAUACCAAGCUCUUUUCAAAAGGAAAACAAAUGAGGUUUUCGUCGGUAAUACAAACACAAUUGAUGGAUGUGCUACGUUUUUCAGAAGAGAUAGGUUUUCUCAUGUUAAAAAAUACGAGGUUGAGUUCAAUAAGGCUGCCCAAUCUUUGACUGAGGCUCUUAUUCCUGUCGCCCAGAAGAAAAUUGCUUUGAACCGGUUGGUUAAGGACAAUGUUGCGCUAAUUGUUGUCCUGGAAGCGAAAUUCGGUAACCAGGCUACUGACAUUCCUGGGAAGCGCCAAUUACUUUGUGUGGCUAACACUCAUGUAAGCGUUUCUCAUGACCUGAAGGAUGUAAAGCUCUGGCAGGUUCACACUUUGUUGAAGGGACUGGAGAAAAUAGCUGCCAGUGCGGAUAUUCCAAUGCUUGUGUGUGGUGAUUUCAAUACAGUACCAGCGAGUUCUCCUCAUUCACUUCUUGCUAUGGGGAAGCUUGAUCCAAUGGACCCAGAUCUGAUGGUUGAUCCUUUUGGAAUCUUACGUCCUCACACCAAGCUAACUCACCAACUGCCAUUGGUCAGUGCUUACUCAUCGUUUGCAAGAAGGGGAGGCAGCCUUAUUACCGAGCAGCAGAGGAGAAAACUGGAUCCUGCAUCAAAUGAGCCGUUGUUUACCAACUGUACCAGGGACUUUAUAGGCACACUUGAUUACAUAUUUUACACAGCGGAUACGCUAACAGUGGAAUCGCUAUUGGAAUUGUUGGAUGAAGAAAGCUUGAGGAAGGACACGGCUCUUCCAUCUCCAGAGUGGUCUUCUGAUCACAUUGCACUUAUGGCUGAAUUCCGCUGCGUGCCCAAGACCAGACGCUGA